GUCGCUCGCACAUACCAAGACAUCCAUAUCAACGCUGUCAAAGCAUCUACUCACCUCACACGACCAUCAAGAUGAAACAUCUCUUCGCUGCUACAGUUGUUCUCAGCUCUGACAGAUGCCCGUGUUUUGCCAGACUCGUCUCGUCAGAACGUCAGUGCCACUCAAGAUGAAGCCCUCCACGCUGCCGCAUCCAAACAAAUCCAUUUAACUCGCCCAGCAUCAUUACCCUCGCAGCUGACCUAUGGCAAGAGUCCAUCAACCGUGGCGCAAAGCUCCUGACCGGGAUGAAAUCCAGCGACAGCGCCGCAGCAGCCCUCUGCGGCUUCUCAACCCCCACAGCCGAGUCUCCAUUCGACGGCUCUCUCGUCGAGAACUUACAGAAUUGGGGCUACAACGACAACACCCCCGCGAUGCAGAAACUCCACGACCGGGAAUCCAACAUGGCCAGCGCCUCAGGCCGCAUGCUCUCCAAAACCUUCGCAGACCUGAGCAUGGACACCUAUUCCAAGAGCACCGGGGGCCCAUACGAAUGCUUCCAGGUCGAGCAUUACAGCGGCCCUGCAACCAUGAAGAACGAAGAUGGCACUCUGCCCGAGAAGAGCGACCAACUCCACUCUGUCUGCGGCGCCACCUACCGUGCAACCGGCACCGAAUACAUCAUCGGCGUCGACGCGGCAGCAGGCGCUCUCUUCGCACUGAACCGAAAAUCCUCGCCCAAGGCUGCGCGUGAGCUCUGGCGCCACAGACCUGAGGUCGCGGAGCUGCCGCAUCUGCGCUCCGCGAGCGAUAUCUCGUGGGCCGUGUGGAACCGCGCCGUGUCCUCGACCCCAGGUGCAGAGAUCGCGGACGUGAAGUACCUCAUAAACAUGAUGAUCAUCAGCAGGGAAACGAACCAGUACAUCCGGCGCGCGAUUUCGUCACUAACGCCGCCGCUGGAGGAAACGCUUGGGUGGCCGGGCACGAAGUUCAGCAAAUGAGUGGAUUGAAAAGGUGAGUGUUUCGGAGCGAGAAGGAGGGGAGUUGACCGUAUCUUCUAUUCUAUGUUGCCGGGCCGGAGCCAGAGGGUGCGAUGCAAGGUGCUAAGAAGGUGAGGGCGAAACUUUAGGGUCUGCGGACGAGAAUUGUGGCGCGGAAG